UUCUUUCUAAUUGUUGUGCAGAUUUUUGUUUGUGCUAAUUGGUUUCUGAGACAACAAGAUGUCUGGUCGUGGAAAGGGUGGCAAGGGAUUGGGAAAGGGAGGAGCAAAGCGUCACAGGAAGGUUCUGCGCGACAAUAUUCAGGGUAUUACGAAGCCGGCGAUUCGUCGUUUGGCCCGUAGGGGUGGAGUGAAGCGUAUCAGUGGUCUCAUCUAUGAGGAGACACGUGGAGUGCUCAAGAUCUUUUUGGAGAACGUGAUUCGUGACGCCGUUACAUACACGGAGCACGCUAGGAGGAAGACAGUUACGGCCAUGGACGUUGUGUAUGCCCUCAAGAGACAGGGAAGGACUCUUUAUGGAUUUGGUGGUUAGGACUAAGAGGGCUUUACUCUCCGGUUUAGGGGUUAGAAAGUUUAUGUGUAUGUUCAGCAAGUUAUCUAUCUAAGUUUCAGUGUCAAUUAUUCUGGAAUGUAAUCAGUAACUACUCAUUGCAAUGUAUUAGCAUGCGUUUUCCUUUACUUAGGGGAAUUGAAUGCGGAAAUUAUUGAAACAAGUAAGCCCUUUUUAUCAAA